AUGUCCUUCCUCGCCUCUGCCCGCGCAACUCUCGGUCCCCGUCUCACUUUCCGCCCUGUCCCCGCGUCCCUCUCUGCCCUCCACAGCUCUCCCGCGAGGCUCUCCUUGAAGGAGUCGGAUACCAACCGUGAUAACCUAAACAACAUCUACGAAUCCGAAAAGGAGCACCAAAUCAAAGAUCUGAAAGAGGGAAAGGCACACUGGAAGCAGGAAUUGGCGAGUAACAGUGAAGCUUCGGUCAAAGCGGACCGUGAAGAAACCCAGACCGACGCCGAGAACAUGGAGAAGCUGCAGCAGCGUACAAAGGAUUCUCCCAGAAGUGCCCAUGGCCCUUAA